GCACGCAUUCCAAAAACAGUAACAGAACCAAAAAGAAAAGUUUAGCUUGUGAGCUAUGGGUAGGGGCUUUGGACGUGGUGCGAAAAGCGUCGCGAUUGUGACGCACGCCCAAACCGGCAAAGCCGGCAAGAAGACUCCGAAAGGUCUUCGUGGUGUUCGCCAAAAGAAACGCCAGAAGUAUCUUAAACGCAAUGAUGCGCAGUCAGAGCUGGAAGAAUCUCUUGGCCUGAAGAAGGAUGAACGGAAUGAUAAACAUGCGCCUAAAAACCUGGCUCAGGAGAUUGCUGCGGUUCAAUUUGCACACGUCGUGAACAGACGCGAGAAAGGCUUCAAGCAUCUGCGGAAGCAAAUUAUAGGAGCAGUUAAGGAUGUUCGUCGCAGAUACGCAGAUAAGGCACACAAGAAACACAAUAAAUGA